AUGGUGAAAGCCAGAAAGGAGGGAAAAGUCAGCAGAAAGCUGAAACAGAAGCCGGAUUAUGGGCCGGUCAAGAACAGACACACGUUCCGUGGAUCCAACCACUCUAUGAAUCCAGGUAAUUGAGAGAGGAAUAAAGGAAAUGAAGUAAAAUUUGAAUAAUUCAGACCGCAAGGCGGAUUCGAAGGACGGAAGUCAACGUUCGAGGGCCACCAUCAAUCGUCUCCGCAUGUACAAAAGUUUCAAGCCGAUCAGAGACUCGAAAGGAAAAAUCCUGAAGGCUGCUCCAUUCCAGGACACUUUGGCCUCGGGAACUCAAGCAAGAAUCGAGCCAAACAGAAAAUGGUUCGGUAAGUUUUCGUGGGAAAAAUGUCGCCGUGUAGUGUGCGUUCUUUCAGGAAACACUCGAAUUAUCGGACAAGAACAGCUGCAAAAGUUCCAGGCUAAUCUCGGAAAAGUGAUGAGCGAUCCGUUUCAAGUGGUCAUGAAACAGACGAAAUUGCCGAUUAGUCUGCUUCAGGAGAAGGCAAAGGUCCGAUAGAGGAAAGAGUAAUUCAUCAAAAAUUGGAUUGUUUUCAGACGCAGAGAGUGCACGUUACGGAGACGGAGAGCUUCGAGUACACGUUCGGAAAGAAGGCGCUGAGGAAGAAGGCCAAGUUGAAUGACGCCUCCUUGGAGGUUUGUGAACGAGGAUAAGGCACCUGAGGGAAUAUCCGUGUUAUUUCAGGAGAUGGCAAAGAACGCCGGAGACAGAGAGGAGAAGUAUAAGCCGGAACUGGAUCUGAGCAGACAAACUGAACUCGGCGAUCGUCCGGAGAAUCAAAACCCAUUGUUCAGGGCCGGACAGAGUAACCGCGUGUGGGGAGAACUCUACAAAGUCAUCGACUCUUCGGACGUCGUCGUGCAAGUCGUCGAUGCUAGAGAUCCGAUGGUAAGAGGAAAGAGGGACUAAACGAGGGGGUGAGAGAAUUCUUCGACAGGCUAAUAACUUGGUUGCGUAUUCAAAAAGAGAAAGCUCGCCGUUCGCUCGCAAGUGUUUCCCUUUUUUUACUUCCUCUUCGAUCCACAUUCUCUUUCUUGCACAACACACAGCGCGUUUAGGAGGAGACGGCAAAACAAGUGGAGCGAACCCUUUUAUGCUGAUGAAUUCCGCGCUUUUCUCCAGGCGAAACGCGCUCUUUCGAUGGCUUCUGCGGCACUUUUCCCCCCGUUAUCUGCACGUGCUUGGAGAAUUUACAUUUUGCAAAACGGGAAAACGAAAGAUGGCCAUAAAAUUUUAAUUGCCUACUUCUGCUGAAAAUGUUGCCAAACCACCAUUGCGGUAGAAACUGAAGAGAAAGAAGAGAAAUGGGCGAAAAGAAAAUAGUUACCGGAGAGAACGUCGUCUGUUUUACGAGCACAUCUUCUUGCAGGGAACUCGGUGCUGUCACGUCGAGGAAUUUCUGAGAAAGGAGAAGCCGCACAAGCACUUGGUGACCGUCAUCAACAAGGUCGAUCUGGUACCAACAUGGGUUACUGUAAGUCUUGCAAGAAACUAUUUCCGUUAUGAAAUUGUGCUUUUAGAGAAAAUGGAUCGGAGAACUGUCGAAGGAGAUGCCGACAAUCGCAUUCCACGCGUCCAUCAACAAUUCGUUCGGAAAAGGAGCUGUAAUCAAUCUGCUCCGUCAGUUCGCCAAACUGCAUCCCGAUCGCCCACAGAUCAGUGUUGGAUUCAUUGGUUAUCCGAACGUCGGAAAGUCGUCACUGGUGAACACUCUGCGCAAAAAGAAGGUCUGCAAAACGGCUCCGAUUGCCGGAGAGACCAAAGUGUGGCAAUACGUGAUGCUGAUGCGUAGAAUCUAUUUGAUCGAUUCUCCCGGAGUCGUCUAUCCGCAAGGAGAUACCGAGACGGAGAUCAUUUUGAAGGGAGUUGUCAGAGUUGAAAACGUGAAAGAUCCGGAGAACCACGUGCAAGGAGUGCUCGAUCGGUGCAAACAGGAGCACCUCCGUCGUCAGUACGGAAUUCCCGAGUUCACAGACGUUGAUGACUUCCUCACCAAGAUCGCCAUCAAGCAAGGACGUCUUCUGAAGGGAGGAGAUCCGGACAUUGUUGCUGUUUCGAAAGUUGUUCUCAAUGAAUUCCAAAGAGGAAAGCUUCCGUAUUUUACGGUGCCACCAGGCUGUGAAGAAAGAGCGAAGAAGGACUACGAACAGGUGAGAGUGCUCUCCAGUGCAAUACAAUCAUUCAACUCUUCAGGCGCCGAUGACCGAGAUGUGCGCCGAUGAAGAUGAGCAGCUGCCUCCUGACGCACAACUGGAAUUGGACGACAUCGCCAGAGUAUGUAUCUUGCUUCGUAUGAAUUUGUAAUCGUUUACUUUCAGAAUGGAGAAAGUGAUGACGAAGAAAAAAACGGCGAUGAGGCACUUGAUGAUGAAGAGGCAGAGGAGUUGACUGAAAUCGGAUCCACUUGCUCCGGACUGACUGAUCUCUCCGGAAUCAGUGAUCUUGCCGAUGAUUUGCCAGAAGACGACGAUGAAGUGACGGAGGAACCAUCGGUUUCCGAUUCGAAAGGCUCGAACAAAAAGAAGGACAAAUCAGAAAUUGCCAGCAUGAGAACUCGUGGAAAGAGGGGAGGAAAAAAGGCGAAUAAGGCCAAAUUGGCCGGAAAGACGAUUGUUCAGGCGGCUGCUGAAGACAAAAAGGACAAGGUGAGCACGAAGAACACUUCUGGGCGGCUUAUCGAUCUUGUUUCUUUUGCAGAGUGUCGUUGAGUUCUCGAAGCCGGGUGCUCAGAAGUCGAACAUGUGGAGAAAGAAAUUGGAAAAGAGAAGAAAGGUGAAGCAUCAGAAGUAACUUUCCUUCGACGACGACUUCUGUUUUUGUUGUUCAUUUCGUUUAUUGUUAACCCCUUUUUUUAUCGUUGUUGACCUCUUUUCCCAUACUCUGCAGAUUUGAGAAUGUUCCUCUUCUAUUCGUAAUCUGAAACCAUUUUUGAUUGAAUAAAGAAAAUUUGUUGAAAACUUGAAAACUUUGAAAUUAUAGUGCUUUGGUUGAAUUACCUGCUUUCAUACCUCUAACACCUUUUUGCUUUCGUUUUCCAACUUACACACGGUUGCCCAUUUUCAGGUAAUUCAUCGAAACGUUGGAAAGAAACCGAGUUAUAGCCACAUUGUAAUUAUUUUUUCUGAUUUCAUCCGGUUUCCCCCAUAAUAUCAGCACGAAAGAGAUGGCGAUUCAGGCACGGAGACUGCCCGAGGAUCCAUCAACGGCGUGCGAAGGUGAGAAUUGGGAAGUGAAACGGAGGGAAGGUGAGUAAGAGUACACGGUUUCAUUGAAGCUGAAUUCAAAGCUGACUACCUGUUUUUCAGAUCUCAAAUUUUUCGAAAAACGGUUGACAGAAGUGAUCAAUUACAUGGGACCGCCGUGCACUCGAUGGAGAAGUAAGUUAUAUAAAGUGAGCUCCACUAGCCGUCGUCGACAGUUUCAGUUGCAAUCGUCAUUUUCGCGGUCGUUAUCGGCGUCACUGGCUCCAAGUAUCUGGCAAGCGAGGUAAACAACGGUUGACGGCCCUUCUUUUAUUGUUUGCUUCCAGAAACAGGUGUUCCAGUGGAAGUUCUUCGACCUGCUUUUCUCCACUCAUCUCGAUUUUACCGUGUGCUUCUGCGUUGGCAUCCUUCUGUUCGGCGUUUUCGGAGUGCACAGGAGAAUUGUAGCACCCACGAUGUAGGCGACCAAUCCAACCGCAUCCACUCAUCCUCCCGGUUUCAGCAUCGCUCGUCGUUGUCGCGACGCCCUCUCGCCAUUCAGUUUGAGCUGUGAUCACAACGGAAAACUGAUUGUGAAGCCGGCCGUCCGUAACUCAACCCUGUGA